GGCGCCGGAAGUGAGUGAGCAUUUCCGGCAGCCAUCCCCGCGGUGCUGACAUCCCGGUUGUUCUUCUGUGCCGGGGGUCUUCCUGCUGUCAUGAAGGACGUACCGGGCUUCCUACAGCAGAGCCAGAGCUCCGGGCCCGGGCAGCCCGCUGUGUGGCACCGUCUGGAGGAGCUCUACACGAAGAACUUUAUGAAAACUUUAUCAGUGAAUUUGAACACAGGUAAAACCCUCUCAUCCGUUUUUCACUUUGAAAAUGAGUACAUUGAUACUCAGUGGUACUCAAAGACUGGUGGUUUUUAUUUCAGGGUGAAUCCUUUGUCCCUCGUGGAAAUCAUUCUUCAUGUAGUUAGACAGAUGACUGAUCCUAAUGUGGCUCUUACUUUUCUGGAAAAGACUCGUGAGAAGGUGAAAAGUAGUGAUGAGGCAGUGAUCCUGUGUAAAACAGCCAUUGGAGCUCUAAAAUUAAACAUCGGGGACCUACAGGUUACAAAGGAAACAAUUGAAGAUGUUGAAGAAAUGCUCAACAACCUUCCUGGUGUGACAUCGGUUCACAGUCGUUUCUAUGAUCUCUCCAGUAAAUACUAUCAAACAAUCGGAAACCACGCGUCCUACUACAAAGAUGCUCUGCGGUUUUUGGGCUGUGUUGACAUCAAGGAUCUACCAGUGUCUGAGCAGCAGGAGAGAGCCUUCACGCUGGGGCUAGCAGGACUUCUCGGCGAGGGAGUUUUUAACUUUGGAGAACUCCUCAUGCACCCUGUGCUGGAGUCCCUGAGGAAUACUGACCGGCAGUGGCUGAUUGACACCCUCUAUGCCUUCAACAGUGGCAACGUAGAGCGGUUCCAGACUCUGAAGACCGCCUGGGGCCAGCAGCCUGAUUUAGCAGCUAAUGAAGCCCAGCUUCUGAGGAAAAUUCAGUUGUUGUGCCUCAUGGAGAUGACUUUCACACGACCUGCCAAUCACAGACAACUCACUUUUGAAGAAAUUGCCAAAAGUGCUAAAAUCACAGUGAAUGAGGUGGAGCUUCUGGUGAUGAAGGCCCUUUCGGUGGGGCUGGUGAAAGGCAGCAUAGACGAGGUGGACAAACGAGUCCACAUGACCUGGGUGCAGCCCCGAGUGUUGGAUUUGCAACAGAUCAAGGGAAUGAAGGACCGCCUGGAGUUUUGGUGCACGGAUGUGAAGAGCAUGGAGAUGCUGGUGGAGCACCAGGCCCAUGACAUCCUCACCUAGGGCCCCCUGGUUCCCCGUCGUGUCUCCUUUGACUCACCUGAGAGAGGCAUUUGCAGCCAAUGAAGCUGGCUGCUCAGACGGUCAACAUUGAAUUUGGGUGGGGGUUGGGAUCCUGUCUGAAGUACAGACUGUUCUUGCUCUAAAAACAGGACUGUCCCUGAUGGGAGCCAGGCCACAGGGAGGAGGCUUCUUUGUGGGUCUCUCCUGCAGAGGGUGGGGGUCUCAGGGUCUUAGGUGAUAAGGGAGAGAAAGAACGUGCGAGGCAGGAAGUCCCCUGAAGUCUGUGUACUCCGAGGUGGAUCUCCAUCCCCAUCCACCUGUACGGACAUCUUUUCCGUUGUGGUUUGAGAAUGUUCCUAUAAUAAACCCCUCUGCUUUGUUCUU